GGAGCUUUUGGGGAAGUAUUUGUUGCUAAAUUGAAAUAUGAUGGGCGAGAAUAUGCGGUUAAGAAAAUAAAAUACCAAGGUGAAGACCAUUUACGGGAAUGUAUGCAAGAAAUGCAAAAAUUGGUAAAAGUUAGGUCAGAAUAUUGUGUCCAAUAUAUCAAUCAAUGGUAUGAAAAUAAUGUGUAUUACAUUGAAAUGGAGUUGUGUUCCGAUAGUCUGAAGAAUAUUCUUCAACACAAACCACAAGUAUUUGGUCGACAACCGGAAGAACNAGUUUUACAUUUCGUAGACCUCAAACCUGACAAUAUAUUAGUGGCGAAGACUGUAAGGAACGGCAGGUUUUUCAAAGUAUGUGACUUUGGUUUGGCUACUGUUCACCAGCACUCGUCAGAUAAGGGAGACCUGAGAUAUCAGGCACCAGAAGUGGGUCAGGGAGUAGACUAUACCCAUAAGAUAGAUAUCUACAGUUUGGCUAUAAUUGCAGAAAAAGAUAUUUUUGGGAUUCAUUUGGAGGACAAACAAGAUCUCAAACCCGACAAUAUAUUACUAGCGAAGACUGUAAGGAACGGCAGGUUUUUCAAAGUAUGUGACUUUGGUUUGGCUACUGUUCACCAGCACUCGUCAGAUAGGGGAGACAUGAAAUAUCAGGCGCCAGAAGUGGGUCGUGGAGUGGACUAUAACCAUAAGAUAGAUGUCUACAGUUUGGCUAAAAUUGCAGAAAAUAUUUUUGGGAUUAAAUUGGAGGACAAA